AGUAGCCCUGUCGCCCCUGUCAUUUCUCAAAUCAUGUUUUAUCAAAAUGUGUCAAGUGUAAUAAGUUAAAUUUUGUGACUUCUGAGAUGAAAGUUGUAUGUCGGUUGGGAAUAGGAAUAUUCAAAUUGAAAAAAUGAAUUAGAUUAGCGAAUUUUAAUAGCUUAAUAAGUAUGCCGAAUAUUUACAAACUUGUUAUGUAAUUCAGAAAGCUCUAAAAAAGUACAUGAGAAUAAUGAAUGAAAUGUGUAGAGUCCAGAUUGUUUAGAAUAGAAUAUAUAGAUAUUUAUAAAAUUACAAAACAAUCUGAUAACAGAAUUUCUCAUAGAUAAUUAGCGUAUUAAAAGCAAUGCCAUGUCAGUGAAAGUUAAUUCAAUUAAAAAUAUUAAGAUGUUAUAUGAUAUCAAAUGGAUUUUUCCCAAUUUGAGAAAUCAAUCAAGACUGUGGACGAUUGCAAGUACAAUUACGGUAGCUGCAGUGGGUAUUUUUAGUAAAAUAAUCAUAGGUUGGCUAAGCAAGACAAAAAUUCAUAACUUGAAAACUAUGAGCUUACUAUUGGAUAGACCGAAAAAUGUACCUUUGCUUACAGUUUCCAAUCAUCAUUCCUGUUUUGAUGAUCCAGGAUUAUGGGGUACUCUCAAUUGGAGACACUUAUUGAAACCUUCUCUAAUGAGGUGGUCCCUAGCAGCACAUGAUAUUUGCUUCACUUGUUGGCAGCAUGCUUCUUUCUUCGCUUUGGGAAAAUGUAUACCUGUAAUUCGGGGUGCAGGAGUCUAUCAAGAAGCUGUUGAUUUAUGUAUAGAAUUAUUAGCUGCGGGAAGCUGGGUUCAUAUAUUCCCAGAAGGAAAAGUUAAUAUGACCAAAGAACACAUGAGAUUCAAGUGGGGUGUAGGUAGAAUGAUAUUCGAAGCUCCAGUCACACCUAUUAUUCUACCCAUAUGGCAUAUUGGAAUGGAUGACGUUUUACCUAAUGAACCACCUUAUUAUCUUCAUAUCAAGAAAAAAUUAACAUUCAACUAUGGAGAACCAAUAGAUCUGACAGAGAUGGUGAAAUCAUUGAAGGAAAAAAAAGUGACAGAUGUGGAAGCAAGAAAGGCCAUCACAGAUUUUUUGGAAGAAGAGUUAUACAAAUUGAAGGUCAAAACAGAGGAAUUACAUAAAAAUAAUUUUCCCUAGCAGCUAGAAGAUUCUUCUAUAUAAUUUUUCAGAUCAGUUGUCAUCUACUGGUACUAGUCAUUCAUUUCUACUUGGUAGGUUUAUGAAUAUCAUUAUUUAUAAUGCAGUACAAUUCUGAAACUUUGGUUUGGUGAUUAAAUCAAGUAGGUCUUUGUAAGGGGUUAUUGAAAUUGAGAGAUAAAGUAUUAUUUUUGGACCAUUUAAAGAUAUCUCAUAAUUUUUAAUUAUGUGGUGAAAGGGUGCAACUUUUAUUGAGUAUUUACAAAUAGAGCAUUUCAAUAUGUUAAAUCAUCGAAAAAUUUAUCUAGAAUAAGAAUUGAAAUUUGUUAUCAUUCUAGAAUUGAAAUGAUAAACUUCAGAGUUUGCAACUUAGUUUCAGAUUUUAAGAAAUAUGUAUAGUAGGUGCGAGUGACAUAUUGAAUUAUAAUAUCUAAAUAUAAAAUAUUAAAACAAUGUAUCAGCCUAAUGAGUUCAAUACAAAAACAUUCCUUCAGUAUCAAUGAAUAAACUCUCCAAUUUA